CGCGCCACAAGUUCUAUAUUUAUGGAGAUCCAUUUACUGGCAACAGUGGGCCCAGUAGUAUCCCUCAUUAGGCAGUGUCGAUUUUCCACUCGUAGUUCGACCCAAAUUUCCAUUCCACGACUCGAUUCCGAACGAUGCUCAAGUCGUUGGCAUUGGCUGCAAGCGUUGCCAACGUCGUGGCCGCGUCGUCGGGUUGCGCGAGCGACCCGCUCUUCGCCGCCCAACCCACGGUAGCCAUGGGCGACUCCAUGACUAUGCGAACUUUCGUCAAGGACACGACGGCGUGCGUGCAGGUGACGUUUCCCAGCGCCGCCAAAACCGGAUGGACGUCCAUCGGGUUCUCUCAAACGCCAUACAUGGUCAACAACCCCAUCAAGAACGUGGUUGUGUUCGACACGGCGUCGGCCGCCACGAAACUGUACCUCAUGGCCAGCUACGAGUCGCACAACGUGCCCCUUCAGCCCGGGGCCAUGAGCAUCACCCCCAUCCAAGGCAGCGUCGCCAACGGCGUCAUCUCGUUCACGUUUGAGCGCCCGUUAGUUGCCACCACCCAGUACGACAUUGACCUAGACCCGACUGGCGCCACGUGCGUCAUAUGGGGAUAUGCUGGCCGAGCGUGGCCAGACAAACACUCGGACUACGGCGCCGUGUACGUAGCACUGAGCACGUCGACGAUCCACGACCAGGCGACGAUUCGACCGACACGCACGCCUGCGAUCGCGGCCGUGACGUUUGGGAUCAUGGUUGUGCUGGGAUUCAUUGCUACGUACACGAGUCUCUGUCGCAGACUUCUGCGCAGGUCGUUGUGGCCGCCUAGUAAACGCGCUUCCGAGUACGCGCCGGACCCGGUCAACGUGGGCGAAGCCAUCAUCGUGCUAGUGUACGUCGGUGGGGCGGUGGUGAUAGGUGUGACGGUCAACACGACGUUUGCCGACCUCAAUACAAGCCAUCGGUGGUGCUUGAUUGCAGGACACGUAGCAUUGCAAGCGCUGGUGUUUUUGUUGUUGCCCGUGGCGAGGGGGUACCACUGGGAGCUCGCAUUUGGCACGUCGCACGACCGUGCGCUCAAGUUCCACCGGUGGCUCGGCGGGCUCUGCUUUGUCAGCAGCAUCGUGCACUUGGUUCUCAACAUCGCCAACCAGGUUGCGAUCGGGGACUCUGCGUUGUAUGGCCCGCAAGACGCCGUGCCGCUGUUUGGGCUGCUGUCGUUCAUUGCAUUCGCGACCAUGUCGGUCGUGUCUAUCGAUCCCAUUCGUCGGUCGCUGUACGAAGUAUUUUACUACCAUCACCGCGUAGCAUCCGUCGUUGGGCUCGUCUUUGUGAUGCUACAUAGCCCCACGGUGCAGUACACGAUGAUCUUUCCGUUGGUCAUCUACGGCGUGUCCUUUAUUUCCCGCUUUCGCGGCUUCUUCCAUCGGUACCAAGUCACGGCAGUCGCAAGCUCCAACACGGUGCUGUUAACCCUUCCCCCCACCACCCAGACCACCAAGUGGGCUAAGAAUGGCAAUCCGUGCGCGUACUUUUGGGUCAACAUCCCAUCUGUUUCCCUCCUGCAGUGGCAUCCGUUCUCGUCCAUCGUAACGCGAGACGGUCAGACGAUUGCGUUCUGCCUCAAGUCGAUGGCCCCCGACAGCUUUGUGGACCAUGUCGUGAAAAAGGUGGCCGCCGCCCCUGUUGGUACCCCCCUGGGUAUCGUCGUGGGAGGACCCUACGGCAUCCCUGCGAUCGACGUCGACACGUACUCGGACCUCGUUCUUGUAGCCGGCGGCAUCGGCAUCACCCCCAUGCUCAGCAUCGUCAACCGGUUUCGCCAUAUCCCCGGCACGCGCACCAUCCACUUGUACUGGGUGGUGCGAAGCCCCCAGGAUUUGCUCGCCGCGGACGACGUGAUGUUUCCGUUGCCUCCGAACGUCCGCCCCACGUUUUACGUUAGCCAAGCCAGGGAAAGCGGAGCGGUCGCGUCCCGCUAUGCCGACGACCACAUCCCGUAUGUCCAUGGCAAGCCCGUAAUGGACGAACUCAUCAACACGACAAGGUUUGCAGCCAACAAGGCGGCGAAUUCCGUCGGCAUUCUCGCCUGUGGGCCGGCAGGACUGGUCCAAGAAACGGAAUGGUACAGCCACAAAUGCGGGUUUGAUUUUCACAAGGAAGGGUUUGCAUUUUAGACAAAAGUUGAGGUUGUAUAGACAACAGACAGUUAAAGGUAGGAUCAUUUUUCAAAGAUUUUGGAUGUGUCGUG